UGUUGGGACUUCUGGCUGGGGAGGACUUGAGCACUGAGGUGCUGUGACCCAGAACUCAGGUCCAGACCUGGGCUCCUAGAAGAGAGGGCCCUCCCAAAGCUCAUUUUCCCAGAAUACUGCAUGGAAAAUUGAGUCUCAUUGGGGAAGAAAACAGGUGGGGGGAAUUACACUGAUCUGGUCUGGAGUUUGUGACAAAUUCUGCUUAUCAUCAGAAGAUCUGAAGACCAGAAGGGGCCCUGCUCAGCUGCACUCUUCCCUACAGGACAAAAGUGAUAAACAGUUCAUUGCUGUCUGUGUUCCCUGCCAUCUGCGCCUAGCAACAUGUCCUCCAUAUUAGAGCGGGUUAGCAAUAGGAUGAUCCAAAAUCUUGGAAGCAAAGAUCUGAAGCCUGUCAAGUGUGUACUGGAUGCCACCAAAUUCCGUCAGUUUAGUAUAUUACAGAAGAAAACUUCAUUCUGGCCCUGGAAACAGUCUGAUGACAUUCCUGUUGAAUAUUCUCUCAUGGACAUCCUGGAACCAAGUUCUUCAGUCCCAGAAUGUGUGAGGUCUGGACUAUUUCACAGCAAGGACUUUGAGAUCAAGAAACUGAAGACUGAUGUGGGUAUCAAUGCUGGUGCAGAAGUGAGUGUGUCAGGGGAAAUCGUUCAGUCCCAUGGAUCCACCCUUGAGGUUCAGAGUGUUAGCAUCCCACAUCCCAAACUGGAAACCCUUCAAAACAGGAAACUGUUGGAGCCAGAGCCGUCAUUUUUGAGUGUUUGCCGAAGGAGAGGAGACAAACUAUAUGUGGUGACAGAAGCUGUUGAACUGGUCAAAGAUACUGUUCUGCAUGACAGGAGCAGUGCGAAUGUUUCGGGAAAAGUGUCUAUCCCGAGGGUUACUUAUGUCAAGGGUAAAUGCCAGGGAGAAGCUCAGAGAGUGAGAGAGAAGACAGUGAGUGUCCCUCAGGGCACGGUGCUGGCCUACAGGAAAAAGCAGCUGGUCAUCAAGGACAAAUACUGCACCAUACUUGUAUUCGAUGAUAUGAAGCAGAAGACCUUUCAAUAUGAGCCACCUCGAUUGGGAUUGUGUUCCCAAGUGAUGCAGACUCUCGAGAGCCAGGGGCUAUUCACGUUGGAGUUAAGCCCCAUCCUUCCAAUAGGAAGACUAGAGGAACCUAUUGGGCAAGAUUUCAGGGUCCUACAAAAGGAGGUUUCUAAGAAUAUGAAGGCAUUGGCCCAGGUCUCAAAGGACAUUCAGGCUGUUGUGUUCCACAGUAUCCUGGCCAUGCUGGGGGACAAAGAGGCCCUGAAGACACUGCUGGACAUGAUGGAAUCGGACAGCUUGGGUCAUUUGGACGGUCCUGGUAGCAAUAUCCUAAAUGAACUCCAGCAGGAAUCAAGCCCUCCCUGGGUUAACCUAGGGUACCUCAUUUUUUACCUCCUGGAGGUCUUACUGGAGCUGAGUGACACCCAGCUUGUUCUGCUAGCCCAGUCUGUGGAGAAGAGGAUUCUGUCCCAGCAACAAGAGCUGGUAAGGAGCAUCCUCGUGCCAAACUUCAAGUACCCCUGGAACAUCCCCUUCACCCUCCCAGCUGAGCUCCUGGCCCCGCUACAGGGCGAGGGCUUGCACAUCACCUAUGCCCUGCUGGAGGAGUGUGGCCUAAAGAUGGAGCUGAAGAGCCCCCGGACAACCUGGCAUCUGGAAGCCAAGAAGCCCUUGUCUGCACUAUAUGUGGCCCUGUCAAUGCUGCUGCAGCUGGCCAAGCCCUCGGCUCUCCCUGGUGGGCAGUCAGUCUAGGGAGGCCUGGGCCAUCCCAGCCCAUGCUGUGAGAACCCUCAGCAGGCCUGGGCGAUCGAACCACGCUGCUUUGCUCCCCAGGAUGAGUAGAGCCAGGAAUUGCCAGAGCUUUGAGGGAAUGCUCUAGGGUGAUGGAAUGCUUCCUUGACAAGGGCUAAUAAAUCUUUCAAAUCUCCUCAAAAGUGUGUUAAAGAUUUAAACAUUUCAUGCUAUGUAAUAUUUACUUGAGAAUAAGAUUAACAAC